UUGGACUCGAGGUCCCAAUUGGCGGUACUUGGAACUGGGAGGUUGUUCUCUGUAAUGAUUAUCUUUGCGCUAUUUCUUCUCACAAUCGAGUGCAUUGUGUCGGUUCCUGUCAUACCAACUUUAGACAAUGCUGAGGAAGCUGCCCAAUACAAGAAAUAUUUAGAAGAGGCACCAAAAGCAAUAAACGUGGAUCCUCAAACAUUGGCUUCGGCUCGAAAAGUUUUUGGAGAAAAUUCUUCUUUAGAUGAUUUAUUACUACUUUGGAAUACAAGUUUACGAGAUAAACACGAUGAAACAAAACGUCAUCUAGUCGAAAAACUUAUAAAAGCUCAUUUGAAGAAAGCAGCAGAUAGUCAUCCUAACACAAUGGGCGGCAUUGUCUACAAUAGCAUUCCGGGAUAUGAAACGGAAUCACCGAAAAAAGUUGUUGAUCAGUUGAAAAAACUAGAUACUGAUCAGGAAAAGAAGUACCAAGAGCAUGUAGCUAAAGAAAAAAGUGAUAUGGUACGGAAAUUGAGUAAAUUCACAGAAGAAGAGCGUGCUAGGAUGCUUAAGAGUCUGAAAGAACAGGCUGAAAAACACAAAAGUCAUCCUAGAAUUUACCAACCAGGAAGUCAAGAUCAGCUUAGAGAAUAUUGGGAAAAAUAUGAGGGGUUGGAUAAGGAAUCAUUCAAUUCUCGAACGUUAUUUGCUGAUAUUGAUUUAGAUGGAGACGGUUAUCUGAAUAUCCAUGAAGUUGAAGCACUUUUACAAAGAGAACUUGAAAAGGUUUAUAAUCCUGAAGAUCCAGAUUACGACCCAUGGGAAGAAAAGUAUGAUCAAAGUAGAAUGCGACAAAAAUUUAUGGAACGAUUCGAUACAGAUGGUGAUUACUUUGUUUCCCGUGAUGAAUUUCUAAGAGGUGUUAAUCAACCUUAUCCAUCAUAUGACAGUGAUUGGAUGACUGCUCAAGAUGAAGAGGAUAUGUUUGAAACAAAUGAAGAGGAAUUAAGAAGGUUAGCUAGUGAAGCACAAUUAAAAGAACAAAAUCAUUUGACUCAUGAACCGGAUCGUCAGCAAACAACAACACAACAGCCUAAGGUACAAAAUGUAUAGGGUCGUAAUUGUUUUUAUUCACGUAUAUUUAUGAGCUAUCGAUUACUGUUGUUAGUCAAUUAUGAAAGAACUAGGAACUUCUUGACCAGAUUAUGUUGAUUUGUCCUGUAAUUUAUUUUUAUCUCGACAAUUUUUAAUCUAUACUUUAUCCGCCUUUUUAUUUACAUGCAAUUAAAUACUGAUUACCUUUUGAGUUUUACGAACGUAAAUUAGUAAAUUAACUUUUAUUUGUUGCUUGCUUCUCCUUCUAUCGCUCCAUGUUAUACUUACGAUUUGUUUUUAUUUUUCUUUAUUUCAAUCACAUAUCUACCUCAAAAUUGAAAAAAUCAAUAAGUACAAAGUUCAAAAA